AUGAGUAAUAAUAAUAAUAAUACAAAUAAAAAGAGAAAGAAAAAGAAUAUACCUAAACCUGUAUAUCAUGAAAUUAGAUCAUUAAAUAAUGGUACAAUAGAUAGUUUUUAUGGUUUUAUAGUUGGUGUAUUCAAGCCGAAACCAACUGCAAACGAUAAUCUUUUAAAGUUUGUUGUUGCAGAUUCAAUCGAUUUAAAGAUAAACGUCAGUCUAUUCUAUUCAGAGGAGAACGAGAUUCUUUCUCAUUUACAAGUUGGUAAUAUUGUUAGAUUAGAUAGAGCAAAGAUUACAAAAGAAUAUGGUACUUUCUUGGCAAUAGGAAAUAUAACACAUGCUAGAACACAUUUCAAUGUUGUGGUGAUCACUGGUGAUAAAGAUGACAAAAUAGAACCUCUGGGAUCGUUACCACAAUUCAGUUUUACUGAUGACGAUCGGAUUAGAGUGGAUCAGUUGCGAGAGCUAUGGGUUGAAAUCAAACAGCAUUUCGUUUCGCAAACGCAGAAUGUUAUCAAUCGUACACCAAUCUCUGAUAUCGAUUUCAAUGAUCCCUCCGCUAUCAACGUGGUCGGAAAGGUAUUGGUAAAGUCAUUCUCUACUACAGCGGUUGGCAAACGAUUGAAUCUUUGGAUUUGGGAUGGUACUGGCGAUGCCUAUGAGGUGGUCGACGAUCAACAUCGAUUCGGAAGACUCUUGGAUGUACUGUCGUGGGACUCUCAUAAGAUACCGAUCUUGGAUUCCAUCAACGAAGGACAAUGGAUCCUCUUUAAAAAAGUACAACCAAACAUCUACAACGGCAAAGAUGAACUAAAAGUACAAUCAAACUCUGAUAUUAUUCCUGUCGAUAAGAAUGAUCCUGUCAUUUUACAUAUUUUAGAAUAUCACAAAUCAAGAGUAGAUGAUUAUAUUAGAAUAAUGAAUUUUACAAAUAAUAAUGAUAAUAAUGAUAAUAAUAACAAUAAUGAUAAUGAUAGUAGUAUACCAAAAAUACCAGAUAGACAUAUAGAUCCACAGAUAUUUUUAACGGAAACAGAAUAUCCAAGUAAAAAUGUUACAAAAAUUAAUGAUAUAAAAUCACUAGAUGCACAUGUACCAAAGAAAUACAAGAUAUGUGCUAAAUUAAUACAACAUAUUCCUAUGAAUAUAAUGAAUAUGACACGUCCAUCUUGUAAGGCUUGUAAAUCAGUUUUCCAAUUCAACAUUGCCGACUUUUAUAUGGAUUCUUUUCAGAAAUGUGUAAACUGCGCACAAGAAAAUACUAUUGGAUAUAUUUAUUUACUUAAAUUUAUAUUAGAGGAUGAUACUGGUGAUAUACCUGUUAUUUUAUAUGGAGAAGAAGCUGAAAAAUUCUUUGGUUUGCAAGCAGUUAACUUUUAUGAUGAAAAAGAUUUUCUGUUAAGAGUGGAAAAUGAUAUCAAACGUUUGAAAGAAGGAAAGGAGUUUUAUUGUUGUAUUAAAUCUUAUUAUGUUCAGGAUAAAGUUGCACCAGAGAAUAUUAGAUAUCAAAUUUUCGAUACGAAAAUAAAACAUUAA